UUGCUAUUGGGGCAGUUUACGUGUGAAAUAGAACAAGAAGAAGAAGAAGAACAAGAGGAUGAACAGGAAGAAGAAGAAGAAGAUCAAGAAGAAGAAGAAACAGAAAUCUUGGACAGACGCAUCAGGAUGUUGUGUAGCGUGUUUGUUGUUCGUGUAUGUCUGCUUGUGUACGUCGCGGGCGGGAGGCCUGCGCAGUCCGAGGCCGCAGGCCGCGCCGGGCCGGGCCGGGUGAAGCCGGGUGCCGCUUCACCUCGAAGCCGAGCGCCGCGAGCCGCAGUGACGCAUUGCAGAUCUAAUCCCGUGUCGUGCGCCCCGAGACAUGGACUUGGAUGUUUAGAGCGUACAUUGAAUCGAGACGCGGACGAGAUACGGUGUGAAUCGAGAACGGCGGAUCAACUAACAGAAGAACAGAUCGCCGAGUUCAAGGAGGCGUUUUCACUGUUCGAUAAAGAUGGUGAUGGCACCAUCACUACCAAGGAAUUGGGGACAGUCAUGAGGUCGUUGGGACAGAACCCCACUGAGGCCGAGCUGCAGGAUAUGAUCAAUGAGGUUGACGCUGAUGGUAACGGCACGAUAGACUUCCCCGAAUUCCUGACGAUGAUGGCGCGCAAGAUGAAGGACACGGACAGCGAGGAGGAGAUCCGCGAGGCGUUCCGCGUGUUCGACAAGGACGGCAACGGGUUCAUAUCCGCCGCGGAGCUCCGCCACGUGAUGACCAACCUGGGGGAGAAGCUCACGGACGAGGAGGUGGACGAGAUGAUCCGCGAGGCCGACAUCGACGGCGACGGACAGGUCAAUUACGAGGGUCAGUAUGAUAUGAUAAUGAUAUGA